UUCCCCCCUCCCUCUCCAGAAUUAAUGGCAGCAACAUUGAGCAUGCUCUCCAGUCUUUCCCUCCCUCCAGGAUUCCGUUUCCAUCCCACUGAUGAAGAGCUCAUCAUUCAUUACCUUAAGCAGAAAGUCUCCUCCUCUAAUCCCUUUGUUUCAGUCAUCGCGGAUGUCAAUAUCUACAACUUCAAUCCAUGGGAACUUCCUAGUAAGGCCUGUUUUGGAGAUACAGAGUGGUUUUUCUUUAGUCCAAGGGAUCGGAAGUAUCCUAAUGGAGGGCGUCCAAACAGGGCAGCUGCCACUGGAUUCUGGAAAGCCACUGGAACUGAUAAACCAAUCCUCUCCUCUGCCAGAAGACACUGCCUUGGGGUGAAGAAAGCUCUUGUGUUCUACAAAGGCAGGCCUCCAAAAGGUGAAAAAACCAAUUGGAUGAUGACAGAGUACAGACUUCUUGAUGAUUCCCUUCACUCUCCCAGGCUCAAGGGAUCCAUGAGACUGGAUGAUUGGGUUUUAUGCCGAGUUCGGCAGAAACUGAACCAGAUUCCCCAACAGACAGGAGGAAUCUAUGACAGCAGUUCCAGCAACUCCCCUUCAUCAAUAUACCAAAGCAGUUUAGACAAUUCUCCUCCAUCUGUCAUUCUGGGAUCCUUACAGAAUCAAGAGGUGCCAGACGACAACAUCCUGAAGUUCUAUGAAUACGAGUUUCAGCAUUCCAUGAUGGCUCCCCUGGAAAAUAAAGAUGAACAAGGACAAGAAGAAAUCUUCCAAGAAAGCUCUCCAGAAUACCAGAUUCCAUCUCCAGUGAGCUCUUCUGUCACAAACGUGCUCAAAUCUAUAGAAAGAAGACUUUCUAUUGGAAAUUUGGACGAGUUGAUGCAUCCAAAGAAGAGACUGAAUGCAAGGAGUUCAAGUGAAGACACAGAAAACAUGUUUACUAUUUUCCAAGGGAUUCCCCAAACACUUCAGCAACAGCAUACAUACCGCACUUCUCUUUGAGCUUGUGAAGAAUGGCAUUACCAAUUUGGCUGCAUCAUCUCAGGCAUUGCUAUCCUGUCCAAUCCGUAUAUACAUAAACACACACACAAACUGUUUUUAUGAUUAUGUAUGUAUGUAUGUAUCCAUAGCUCACAAGUCAACGUAGCAAUCAUGUAAUAUAUAGCAAAAAUAAUGAUUGUUAUAACAG